GGGUAUGCGGGAAACCACAGCAUAAACCCCAGAGACUUAUGGGAAGGGCACCCUGAUUGGAUGUCCGCAAAUUCAGCUGAUUCAAUGCCGAGAGGAAGUCGAGGGUUGUAAGCGUCACGUCAGGCUGACUCAGCCGCAGUGCCAGACGGUACACUGUGGUCCUACAACUCCCAAGAAACCUGCCGCCAUCUUGGCCACUCAAGGGACCAACAACUUGGCACAACUCCUUGUCGCACUGCCGACACGUUGGGAUGUGUAAGACGUGUACCGUCGUGUUGUGCUGAACGACGCUAGGAACCAGGCUGCUGUGUGAGCAAUUCGCUUGCAGAUUUGGAAAUACGUGUCGCAGUAAAGUCUUCGGAGUGCCUCGAACUUCGUUGUCGAACUUCGUGGGGUUCGCUGUCGACCUCGUGGAGGUUGUUGUCGACCGGAAGAUAUACUUGCAAGUUGUAACGCGAGUCUUCAGAAACAACCUUUCUUGAACUUUUUUAGCUGGAAAGACAACCGCGUAUUCCUGCGCUCUGCGUUUACGUGUCUGUAUAUCAAGGUUGCUUUUGCGCGCCUUUUCUUCUUCACAUUUUGUUAAUAGAGUACUUAUAGAGAUGGAACCCAAGACAGCUUUAUUAUUUUUGGCGGUUGUGGCCUCCUUUGUUGCCACUGUGAACUGCCAGAGGCGACUCCCACCUAACCAGACUCCGUCCAUAUUGAGACCGGCACCGGAUACGAGAGGAGUAGAUUUCAUCUUCUGCUUCAUGAGCAACUUUCAGAUUCCGGAGCGUCUCAUCCUCAUCAUCGGCGGCAACUCACCGGGCGACACGAUGGUGCGCAUCACCGUCCCAGAGCUCAACAUCCUUCGGUUCGUCACGGUUCCCGAGCAACAGACACGGUUCGUGGACAUCCCGCCCAUCGCAGCGGCUAUCGGUACGGGCUUCCAGAACGGUACGGUCUACGUGCUGGCCCAGCAAUUUGUCACCGUUCAUGCUGUCAACUCCAUCUCCAACACCAACGACGGAUUCCUGGCCAUUCCAACGGAUGGGCUCGGAACGGAGUACAUCAUAGCUUCGUACGACCCCGUCCCUAUAGAGCAGUCUCAGUUCGUUAUUUCCGGCACGCAGGAUUACACCAGAGUCUGGAUAUCCCCUACGAGGCAGAUCCGAUGGAGAGCCCGACUGUACCAGCCCGGACAGACCAUCAUCGUGGAUCUGCAGCGGUUCCAGUCGAUCCAGUUCCAAAGUGCUGCCGACCUGACCGGUUCCCACAUCCGAUCCAACAAACCCGUGUCGGUAUCCUCGGGGGCCUCCUGCACACUCGUACCGGCCGGUGUGUACCGGUGCGAUCACCUGGUGGAGAUGAUACCGCCGGUGUCCACCUGGGGCAAACGGUUCACCCUCCUGCCCUUCGUCAACCGGACCUCGGGGUUCAUCUUCCGGGUGAUCGCGGCUCGCCAGCAGACGGAGAUCAACGUCGCCGGCACCAACACCUGGUUGAUGCAGAUGGGGGAGUUCAGAGAGUACGACCAGGUGUCCCCGUUCCCUGUAGCCAUCACGGCAAGCCGGCCGGUUCUAGUGGUUCAGUACGCUAAAGGCUUCGAGAGCGACAUGAUGGGAGACCCUUUCAUGACCAUUGUUCCUCCCGUUGAACAGUACAUUAUGGGCACGGUGACUUUCGGGACCUUCAACGAGUCGUCGCUGCUACAGCAGCGGCAGCCUCUUAGGAGCUUCAUCUGCAUCUCUGUAUCUGCUGAGGCACUCUUCGCCGUCAGCCUGAACAACAUUCCGGUCCUGGACAGCAGGAGGUAUGUACCUGCCUUCGGGAGGCUGGCCACCUACGGCGCCGAUCGCUCCUUUGAGAUCGCCCGCGGUGCCAACACCAUUGCCAACCCCUCGCUAUUCACGAGAUUCGGAGCGAUCGUCUACGGCUUUGGACUGGGAACAUCUUACGGAUUCCCGGUUGGCUACAGGUUAAUUCGGCAGUUGUGUACUCGUGUGAACCACGGAACAGAGCAGGUCAUAGAGUACGACUGUUUCGAUACCAACGUGGGAAAUGUUCCACCAGGGCAACCGGUACCAGGCGACCCAACUGGGGCCGGUCCGAAACUACCCCCUGAAGAGGAUCCGAACCGGCCUGCCGGUGGUUCGAUACCGCCCGGGAACCCUGCCUUCCCGUUCGUCCCAGACCCCAACUGGCCGACUGCCCAGAUACCGCUGCCGCCGAUUGCACCGCCUGAACAACCCGAAGACGGCUGUUUCUCGACUGGUCUGCUCAUCCUGGGUGCUAUAGCGCCCGCUGCCGUCGUCUUCCUCAUUAUGUUGAUCAUCCUCGUCUCUCUUCAGCAGUCGAAAAACAAGUACUGAUAAUCAUCAUUAUAUCAGAACCAGAAGUAUGUCGCCGCCAAUAUCAAUACAGCCUCAGGUCGACCGUCGACGGAAUCCGACGUUGUUGAAACUCAACUUUUUUUUUAAAGUGCGUCACUGUUAGGCCUACCCGGUACCAUUCAAAGCACUCAUCUGGUGUUACGGACAAAAAAAAUAGGCCUAGAGUGCAAACUUGCCCGUUUUGAAAAUUAAUGAUUUUACCGAUAAAUCAAUCACACUAAGCUCGUACCGAAAUCAUGUUGCCAGCUUUUGCUCGGAUAAUCUGUCAUGGGGCAGACUUUGUACAAUGCCUGCUUUCGCCAUUAAAGGGGGCCUUCAUACAGUUAAGCGUUAUAUGGUCAACAUGGAAGAUGAGUUUGAAGAGAUGUGGAAAGUACCAAAUAAUAGUUAUUUUUAUUCUCUAAAACAUAUGUGCCUUAUCCCCAUAUGCUGUCUGUCAUGGUAACUUGGUGAGGGGUCGAUCCAUGAUGAACCGGUGGUGAGUCGUGACGUAUCUUGCACCUGCGCGUGAGUUAUAAAGUACCCUCAUCCCCAAGUACGGUGUGUUCGAUGAAAGUUGAUUAACCACAUGGGUCUCGACCGAACCCUGGUUUUAGGAACAGUUUACAUGUAAUUAUAGUAAAACACAUCUGCCUUCGGGUUUGUAUAGUGUUAUCUGCUGAGGUCGACACUUCUUAUCAGCCUAGGACCUAUGUACCAAAUCGCAAGAAUAGAACAUGUUGUACAUUGUUUGUAGUGAUCCCUUUGUUUACGGCUUGUAGUUUAGAAAAUUCAGAAGCAAACUUAGCAUUAAAAGAGUAGAAAAUUCAAAGAAAAUAGGGCCCACAUAAAAGAUAAAGUAAAGGUCUAUGGCCCUAUAAAUUACAAUAAAUUGCUCUCUCAAAAAAAUAAAUAAUCGUGAUGGAUAAUUACUUGUGGCCACACUUGAAUUGGACAAUACAAAGCUCAUGAUUGUAUUCUGCAAAUUAUGAGCGGGGG